CUUCUUUGUGUUCCACAUUUGACGUGUCAGAGAAAAUCAAAAGUUAACUCGUUUUCAAUUCGCAUGUUUUGUUUUGCACAUAAGGCAACUAAAUUAAAACGCACGCCGCUGCAAUACAGUUAACGUAUCACAUAAUACGCCACGAUGGUUUUAGCAGAUUUAGGACGAAAGAUUACGACGGCGCUGCAUUCGCUCAGCAAAGCCACCGUCAUCAAUGAGGAAGCCCUAAGUGCGAUGCUGAAAGAGAUAUGCGCUGCACUGCUAGAGGCUGAUGUAAACAUACGACAGGUAAAGCAGCUGCGCGAGAAUGUACGAGCUGUCAUUGACUUUGAUGAGAUGGCCGGGGGAUUGAAUAAACGCCGCAUGAUACAGUCCGCCGUGUUCAAGGAGCUCAUCAAACUGGUGGAUCCUGGUGUCAAGCCAUAUCAGCCAGUAAAAGGCAAGGCCAAUGUGAUUAUGUUCGUGGGCCUGCAGGGCUCCGGCAAGACAACCACAUGUACUAAGCUAGCCUAUCACUACCAGAAACGUAAUUGGAAGUCGUGUCUUGUGUGCGCGGACACAUUCCGUGCGGGUGCCUACGAUCAGAUCAAGCAGAACGCGACUAAGGCGCGGAUUCCAUUCUAUGGCAGCUACACAGAAAUCGAUCCUGUGGUCAUAGCACAAGAAGGUGUGGACAUGUUCAAGCGCGAAGGAUUCGAAAUGAUUAUUGUCGAUACAUCGGGCAGACAUAAGCAAGAAGAGUCUCUGUUCGAGGAAAUGUUGGCGGUUGCAAAUGCAGUUAGCCCAGACAAUAUCAUCUUCGUGAUGGAUGCCACGAUUGGACAGGCUUGCGAGGCUCAAGCGAAGGCCUUCAAAGAGAAAGUAGAUAUCGGAUCCGUGAUUAUCACAAAAUUAGAUGGUCAUGCUAAGGGUGGUGGUGCUCUCUCAGCUGUGGCCGCCACUCAGUCACCCAUUAUCUUUAUUGGCACUGGCGAGCACAUUGACGACUUGGAACCCUUCAAAACGAAACCUUUUGUGAGCAAGCUGCUGGGCAUGGGUGAUAUUGAGGGACUGAUAGACAAGGUGAAUGAACUGAAACUGGACGGCAAUGAGGAGCUGCUAGAGAAAAUCAAGCACGGUCAUUUCACCAUACGCGACAUGUACGAACAGUUCCAGAAUGUUAUAAAAAUGGGGCCUUUCUCCCAGAUUAUGAACAUGAUACCCGGGUUCUCGCAAGACUUCAUGACCAAGGGCGGUGAGCAGGAGUCGAUGGCGCGCAUCAAGCGCAUGAUGACAAUGAUGGACAGUAUGUCAGACAGUGAACUGGACAACCGAGAUGGGGCGAAACUAUUCAGCAAACAGCCCACACGUUGUAUCCGAGUGGCACAUGGUGCAGGUGUCAUUGAGCGAGAGGUCAAGGAGCUGAUAGCACACUACACGAAAUUUGCGGCAGUCGUUAAGAAAAUGGGUGGUGUCAAAGGCCUCUUUAAGCAAGGCGACAUGACUAAAAAUGUUAAUCCCACGCAAAUGGCCAAGCUUAAUCAGCAGAUGGCCAAGAUGAUUGAUCCCCGCAUGCUGCAGCAAAUGGGUGGCGUUGGCGGCCUGCAAAAUAUGAUGCGACAGCUGCAACAGGGAGCGGCGGGUGGCCUAGGUGGACUGGGGAACCUGAUGGGCGGCUUUGGUGGCAAGUGAGACAGACGGAGAGGUCAUCAUAUGUGUAAAGAUUUUUGUAUGAUUUUGUUUUAAAAUAGUUCGGUUCUUAGCAUUAAUUUGUUAACGGUUUGCAAGCGCGACAAUUAUCAUCGUUUUCAUGGCAACAUCUUCUUGUUUAACCAAAUUCAAUUACAAUUAUUAUAUGUGGCAAUAGCGGUAAACAGUGAAUGAAAUCUAUGUAAAACAGUUAACACAUUUAGCGGUCUUCAUUUUUUGUACGAUUAAAUAUGAGCUCGGCGCUCGCAAGAUCUUAAG